GAGACCUUCCGAGAACCUUUCCCCCCUUUUCCUGUCCUUUUCCAUCCGACACAUCCGAUCCAUUAAGAACAGCCACCUUGGAGGAAUGAUUUUCCCAGCAGAGCAGAUCUACUCCGGCUGCAGCCUUCACUCGUGCUGAGAGGGGAUUUUUGUGAUACAAGGUCCGUGCUGAUAGCUUCAUGACUGCGCUGCAUAGGGAGCCGCCAACAUCAUGCGAGCACAAAUUGAAGUGAUACCAUGCAAAAUUUGUGGAGAUAAGUCAUCUGGAAUACACUAUGGAGUCAUCACAUGUGAAGGCUGUAAGGGAUUCUUCAGGAGGAGUCAGCAGAACAAUGCCUCUUACUCCUGCCCAAGGCAGAGAAACUGUUUAAUUGACAGAACCAACAGAAAUCGUUGCCAACACUGCCGACUGCAGAAGUGUCUUGCCCUAGGAAUGUCUAGAGAUGCUGUGAAAUUUGGAAGGAUGUCCAAAAAGCAGAGGGAUAGCCUAUAUGCUGAAGUGCAGAAGCACCAGCAGCGACUGCAGGAGCAAAGGCAGCAGCAGAGUGGUGAGGCAGAAGCCCUUGCCAGGGUAUACAGCAACAGCAUCAGCAAUGGCUUGAGCAACCUGAACAACGAAACUGGUGGCACUUACUCAAACGGACACGUCAUUGACCUGCCGAAGUCUGAGGGUUAUUACAAUGUGGAUUCUGCCCAGCCCUCCCCAGAUCAGUCUGGGUUAGAUAUGACUGGAAUCAAACAGAUAAAGCAAGAACCUAUCUAUGACCUCACUUCUGUACCAAACUUGUUUACCUAUAGCUCUUUCAACAAUGGGCAAUUAGCACCGGGGAUAACCAUGACUGAAAUAGAUCGAAUUGCACAGAAUAUCAUUAAGUCCCAUUUGGAGACAUGCCAAUAUACAAUGGAAGAACUACACCAGCUAGCGUGGCAGACCCACACAUAUGAAGAAAUUAAAGUUUAUCAGAGCAAGACAAGAGAAGCACUGUGGCAGCAGUGUGCCAUUCAGAUCACUCAUGCUAUUCAGUAUGUGGUGGAGUUUGCAAAGCGGAUAACAGGCUUCAUGGAGCUCUGUCAGAAUGAUCAAAUUCUACUCCUUAAGUCAGGCUGCUUGGAAGUGGUUUUGGUGAGAAUGUGCCGUGCCUUCAACCCACUCAACAACACCGUUCUGUUUGAAGGAAAGUAUGGAGGAAUGCAAAUGUUCAAAGCCUUGGGUUCUGAUGAUCUGGUGAAUGAAGCAUUUGACUUUGCAAAGAAUUUGUGUUCCUUACAGCUGACUGAAGAGGAAAUUGCCUUGUUUUCAUCUGCUGUUCUGAUAUCGCCAGAUCGAGCCUGGCUAAUAGAACCAAGGAAGGUCCAGAAGCUUCAGGAAAAGAUUUACUUUGCACUUCAGCAUGUGAUUCAGAAGAACCAUCUUGAUGAUGAGACUUUGACAAAGUUAAUAGCCAAGAUACCAACCAUUACUGCACUUUGCAACUUGCACGGAGAGAAACUGCAGGUAUUUAAACAAUCUCAUCCAGAUAUAGUGAACACGCUCUUUCCUCCAUUAUACAAGGAGCUUUUCAAUCCAGACUCUACCACUGGCUGCAAGUGAAGGGGAGAUAGAAUUGUCACAUAGUCAUGGAAUGCAUCACUGUUAAGACGAAAGAAAUGUUUUCAUGAAGAACUUAUUUAAAAUGUCACUACUGCAACACUAGGAAUGUCCUGCACUUAAUAGAAUUAUUUUUCACCGCUACAGUUUGAAGAAUGUAAAUAUGCACCUCUGAGUGGGGCUCUUUUUUCUUUUCUUUAUUUUUUUUUUGAACUGACCAUAAACAUAAAAAAAUAUAGACGCUGGGUGUUACCUUUUUUAAUUUUAUUUUAUUGGGGUAUGUUUUGGGAGACAACUGUUCAUAGAAUUUUAUUGUAGAUAUAAAUGAGAAUAGAGCAGUACUUUGCAGUAUUACUCUUGCUGUUUAUUGUUCAAAUAUAAUUUAAGAAAAUUUCACUUAUUAGACUUGCCUAUUUCUAUGUUUUUAGAUAGUUUAAUGCAUGUUGAGAUUUGUAGCUGUCUUGAAAAUUGUUGUGCAUGUAUGAAACAUACAUAUAUGUAUAUGUACUAUAUACACAUACAUAUAUAUAUAUAUGUGUGUAAUAUAUGCACAAUGUUGUAGCUUAAAAUCCCAUGCCUAUUUUCAAAGGAUGCUCAGUCAGGCUCUCCUGAAUUUUUUUUACUCUCCAAGUAAUAUAUUAGAUUUUCGUUGGGUAAUUGGGAUUUUGCUUUGUCAGCUAGAUUUAAAUCAUCAAUCUCCAAUCUCUAGUGACAGGAUGAUACCACUUCUGAGAAAUGUGUAAUGUAGUGCAUGUCCAUAGCUGGUGAAGGAAACAUCAGGAUUAUAUCAAUGGUGCAAAAGCCUUGUCUGGAUGAUUCAAGUGUACAGAGGAAGAGUUUGGAAUUUUUUCCCUGUUACAGGAAUAAGACAUAUGUAGAAAUUAACAUUACAGGACAAGAGGCCAGUAAGGAAUCUGGAAUAUGGAGUAAAAAUGUAAAUUAUCCCAAACAGUAUAAACUUUUACUUAUAAGCUUUUGUUGGGUCCCAAAAAUGUACUGUUUGGGCUAAUUUACUUGUUUGUGACUCAGCUGAAGCUUAUAUUUUGCUUCAUUUUCUUUGAAAGCAGUAUGCAAGGCCUGAUCUUGCUUCUAUUGAAGUCAAUAGAAAGAUUCCCAUUGACUUCAGUGAACACAGACCCAAAGUAGUUUUUAAAAGUAAGCAUGGGAUGAUGAUGACAAU